AUGAAAUCGAGGCUUUUCGUUUGUGCUGCCCUUGUGCUUCAAGUGCUCUGUCAAUCAAUCACGUUGUCUGGGACGAACACGGAAGUAACUUCAACUGCUCCCGACUAUGUUACUAGUGGAGUCACAUAUCAGGACGAUUCUAGCACGCUGAGUAUCACUGCUACAUCGGACUAUGGCUCGGUCACAGAAUUGUCCAGUGCUCUAGCAACCGCAAAUGCCACAGCUGUGUCCUCGAAUGCCACGGCAUCAGGGAACUCUACGAGCGCCACUCAAACACUACUGGUUGGAUCUCCCAAGACAACAACUUCUCUGAACGGCACCGCUACUAGAAAUUCUACUGCGUCCGCGACGUCAACUUCAGUACAACCCACGAACACUGUGCCUUGCAACGGCUUCGCGGAAUUUUGUUCGCGCAAGUAUAGCAACAUCACCCACGUUGCAGCCCAUAACAGCCCCUUUAUUCGACCAGGAAGUCUAGCUGCCAAUCAGAUGCUCGAUGUCGAGACACAGCUUAAUGACGGAAUUCGAAUGCCUGACGCCCGCGAAGUUCAAUUUCAAACGCAUCUCAAGAACAACACCAUCUACCUGUGUCACAGCUCAUGCGAGAUACUUAAUGCUGGAACGCUGGAAGACUAUCUCAUAACGGUGACGAAAUGGAUCCGCGCCAAUCCAUACGAUAUCGUCACCAUCCUGAUGGGUAAUUCCGACGUCCUUAGCCCGCACAACUACACCGCGCCCGUCAUCAACUCCGGCCUUAUCGACUACGUCUAUACCGCGCCCACACGACCAAUGCCACUCGAUUCAUGGCCGACCCUAAGCGAGAUGAUCUUCAGCAACCAGCGAGCGGUCGUCAUGCUCGACUACGAGGCAAACCAGGAGGAGAUCCCGUGGCUGCUAGACGAAUUCUCACAAAUGUGGGAAACCCCCUUCUCACCCACGGACCGUGACUUCCCAUGCACGGCGCAACGGCCUCCGGACCGCCCUCGCGAGAACCGCCAAGACCGGAUGUUCAUGAUGAAUCAGAAUCUUAAUAUCGACGUGGCGCUGGUAGGCAUCAGCAUCGAUAUCCCGGCUUCCAACUUACUGAAUGAGACCAAUGCGGUGGAAGGCUACGGCUCCGCUGGGUGGAGUGUACUUAACUGCACCAGAGACUGGAAUCGCCCUCCGACCUUCCUGCUCGUGGAUUACUACAAUAUCGGGAGUUUCAAUGGAAGCGUAUUUCAAGUAGCCGCGGACGCGAACAAUGUCACGUACAACCGUGAUUCAUGCUGUGGGUUGGCUGCGAGGACACGGAGUGCAGGGGCCAGGGAUAGUGUGCCUUUGGGAUUGAUUCUGCCUUUCCUCUCUGUCAUCUCUGCAGGUUUGUUGUUCUUGUGA